GCUAUGAAAAGCCCAGAGUAACGAUAAAUACCCACAAAACACAAAAUAGUUCUUUCCAAUAUUCACCACUUGGAUACCGGGGGUGUCCUAAGGAAUCUCCCAACUCUACACCAAUGGUUCUCCCUUGUACAUUUGCCACAGAGAUCUCAACAACAUCCUCAUCUGGUUUUCGUAAUGCUGUUCAAAGCAUUCGUUCGAACCUUGGUAAGCCAGGAGUUCGGCUCGGGGACGAAUAACAUUACUCAGUGUUCCCAUCCUCCACUCCUUUAAAUCUACCUAUAUGCAUAUGAUUAAUACUAAUAUUAUGAACAAUAACCCAUAUGAUAUUAUUACUAACAUUUCUACUAACCCAACUACUUGUUCUCCCUCCCACCGUUCCACUCCAAUCCAAAUUGGUUCUUUCAACUGCCGACAUUUGCUUAAAACUAGCGCACUAUCAGUUACUUCAUCCUUCAUUUACUACCUCCGCUAUCAAUCCUUCGACAUUCUCACAUUACAAGAUACAAACUCCUUUUCCUUCGAAUCCCGACAACAACUCGACCUACAGUUUCAGACAACUGUAUCUAUUUGGCCUAAAUACUAUGGCAUAGUUAAUCUUAACCCUGCUCUCAUCCUCUCCAACUAAUUUGUUACCACUGAUGGUCGUUUCAUCUGUUGCCAAGCGUCUCACCAACCCCAUGUUUCUGAGCCUUUCCUUCUU